CCGCCGUGACAGCCGCAGACGAGAGGCGGAGGGAGAAAGGACGUUGGUGGUGGCUGGUGCGAAGGAGUGGUGGAGUCCUCGGUUGUGCUCGUGGUCUGCACUAUGAACAAUCGGGUAACCUAAAGGAUGUUCUGAAACACAGCCAGGGAACUGAGAAUGUGAUUGUCAUCUCUGCCCACUAAUCAUGAUCACAUUGCAGAGAUUGAAGUAUUGAAUGUUUGGGUCAGAUUGUUUGCCGUAAGGCUCUCCACGAGGCCAUCUGUUGAAGGUUGCUUUUAAUUGGUGAACCCUCCUGUGCCAUUUUGAAGAUGGUGAAGCCUGACCUUCACACUUUGGCUCAUCACCUCAAGCAAGAACGUCUUUACGUGAACUCUGAAAAACAAUUGCUUCAGCGGUUAAAUGCUGAAGUGCUCAAAACUGCAGAAAAGCUAUACUGUUCAGCAUGGAUUGCAAAACAACAGCGAAUUAACUUAGACCGUCUAAUAUUAACAAGUGUUGAAGCAUCUCCAGCAGAAUGCUGCAAACAUGCAAAGAUCUUGGAGGAUACUCAGUUUGUGGAUGGUUACAAGCAGUUGGGUUUCCAAGAGACGCUGUAUGGCGAAUUUUUAAAUCGGCUCAGAGAAAACCCACGACUCGUUGCCUCGUGUCUUGUUGCUGGAGAGAAGCUUAAUCAUGAGAGUACCCACAGUGUCAUCCUUACAGUGUUUACUGCCCUUUAUGGAAACUGCAUUAUGCAGGAAGAUGAGAGUUACCUCCUACAGGUGUUGCGUUACCUGAUUGAGUUUGAACUGAAAGAAAGUGAUAAUCCCCGGCGGUUGCUUCGAAAAGGUGCCUGUACGUUCAGCAUUUUAUUCAAACUUUUUUCAGAGGGGCUGUACUCGGCCAAGCUUUUUCUCACUGCGACCUUGCAUGAACCAAUAAUGCUGCUUCUUGUGGAAGAUGAGGAUCACUUGGAAACUGAUCCAAGUAAGCUUAUUGAAAGAUUUACUCCAGCACAACAGGAGAAACUUUUUGGGGAAAAAGGCACAGAGCAGUUCAAACGGAGGGUGCAGGAGAUGGUAGAAAGCAACGAAGCAAAGCUAGUAGCUUUGGUAAACAAAUUUAUUGGAUAUCUCAAACAGAAUACGUACUGUUUUCCACAUAGCUUACGUUGGAUUGUAUCUCAAAUGUAUAAAACCUUAUCUUGCAUGGAGUGUCUGGAUAUUGGGGAGGUGAAGGCCAUGUGCACAGAUCUAUUGCUUGCCUACUUCAUUUGCCCAGCAAUCGUGAAUCCAGAACAGUAUGGGAUAAUUUCUGAUGCUCCAAUUAAUGAAGUGGCAAGAUUUAAUUUGAUGCAGGUGGGUCAACUCUUACAACAGUUGGCAAUGAUGGGAAGUGAGGAAGCUGAUCCACGACUGAAGAACAGCCUUUCCAAGUUUGAUAAAAGUUGCGUUGCAGCUUUCUUGGAUGUGAUCAUUGGAGGCCGUACAGUGGAAACCCCUCCCAUGUCCUCAGUGAACUUGCUGGAGGGACUCAGCAGAACUGUGGUCUACAUGACACACAGCCAACUUCUGAACUUGGUUAGCUUUGCAAGACAUGUAAUGCCUGGGGAAUUGCUAAGAGAAGAGGACAGAAUGGCUCUGGAAAACCUUAUCAUUAAUGUUCCACAUCAUAGAACGGGGAAGAGCAAUAGUCUUGAGCUGACUCCAUCCAGCACACCCCAGCUAUCUCCUGCGACUACUCCAGCCAACAAAAAAAAUCGACUACAAAUAGCUGGAAGAAAUAAAAUCCGGACAAAUGAAGCCAAGGAACACACAGAACAUGAAAAUGCAAUACAAGAAACCCUGCAGGAAGUGCAGCCUGAAGAAGUAUUGGUUAUUUCACUGGGCGUUGCUUCGCAGAUGACACCAGGGAUGAUGUCUGAAAAUGAGGUGCUGAGCAUGCAGCUUUCUGAGAGUGGUCAGGGUGAAGUACCUGUAGAGGAUGGAAAACUCCAUGGGAAACCAGAUAAAACUCUACGCUUUUCUCUAUGCAGUGAUAAUAUGGAGGGAAUAUCAGAAGGACCUUCAAACCGAUCAAACUCUGUGUCGUCAUUGGAUCUGGAAGGAGAAUCAGUCUCUGAACUUGGAGCAGGACCGUCUGGGAGUAACGGGGUUGAGGCUUUACAAUUGUUGGAACAUGAGCAAGCCACCACCCAAGACAAUCUUGAUGACAAACUCCGUAAGUUUGAAAUUAGGGACAUGAUGGGGCUGACCGAUGACAGGGACAUUUCGGAAACUGUGAGUGAGACUUGGAGCACAGAUGUCCUGGGAAGUGAUUUUGAUCCAAACAUUGAUGAAGAUAGACUACAAGAUAUUGCAGGUGCAGCAGCAGAGAAUAUGCUGGGUAGUUUGCUAGGAUUACCAGGUUCAAGUUCAGUGCUACUCGAUCCCUGCACAGGGUCAACGAUCUCUGAAACGACCAGUGAGGCUUGGAGUGUGGAGGUUCUGCCCAGUGACUCAGAAGCUACAGAUCUGAAGCAAGAGGAGCGAUUACAGGAACUGGAAAGUUGCUCUGGAGUUGGCAGCACAUCUGAUGAUACCGAUGUGAGAGAAGUGAGCUCAAGGCCCAGUACUCCUGGACUUAGUGUUGUGUCAGGCUUUUUACACAAUUUAACAGGCAUCAGUGUUACCUCAGAAGAUAUACCCAACAAGGUUGAGGAUAUACGAUCAGAAUGCAGCUCUGACUUUGGAGGAAAAGAUUCUGUAACAAGCCCUGAUGUAGAGGAAGUUGUACAAGGUGGACAUCAGAUGACUUCUUCACUUUCCCAGACAGACACAUUGCUUGCAAUGUUUGAUCCACUGUCUUCAGAUGCUUCAACCAUACCAUCAAUAGUCAGGCCUAAAGUGCACUAUGCAAGACCAUCACACCCACCACCGGAUCCUCCAAUAUUGGAAGGUGCUAUAGGGGGCAGUGACGCCCGAUUGCCACCGUUUGCAUCACACAUUUGCUGCCAAACUGAAGCUGAGCUGCUUAAACAGCGACAUUCCUUUCCAGAAAGACUGGUACGCAGCAGGAGUUCUGAUGUUGUUUUGGCAUCUCGAAGACCAAUGAGUGAUCCUGGGUGGAAUAUUCCAGGCAGUAGAAGGGCAGCAAAUGAAGAGCUGUUUGCAUCUGGGGCAGCAACUGGAAUCUGUGGACCAACUUCAUCUCCAAGCAAAGACUCCCUGGGAGAGGAUAGAAAGGACAGUGACGACGAGAAAUCAGAUCGUAGCAAAUCUUGGUGGAAGAAGCGCUUUGUAUCUGCUAUUCCUAAAGCUCCCAUUUCCUUCAGGAAGAAUAAAGAUAAGCAAGAAAAAGACAGAGAAGAUGGUGCACAGGAAAGGUUUCAGGCCAUGUCAGGUUGGCUGAUCCUACCUUUCAUAAAGAAUGGAUAUACCUGCAGUGGGAAGUGCAACUGCAAAGGUUUCUCGGAACAGUGUCCAUCAUUCACAUAUGAGCCAAUCCCCAAAUUGAAUGCACAAGCCCAGGCUGCUGAGGAUAUUCUGGAUAAAUACAGAAGUGCUAUUAAAAGGUCCAGUCCAAGUGAAGCAGUUGCAAAUGAUGAGGUUACAGAGGUUAUUGGAGAUGAAAGUGUGCAUGAUUCGCCACGUGAUGAAACUCUUCAGAACCUUUCAGCAGAUGAUCUGCCAGACUCGGCCAGUCAGACUGCCCAGACUCAAGACUCUACAUUCUCCUUUAGGGACACAAAGAAGAAAUUGCGAAUGGCCCUGUGCUCAGCUGACUCAAUUGCCUUCCCUUUGGUGAGCCAUUCAGCAACAAGAAAUGGGCCUCCUGGAGGACUGGAUCAGGGAGAAUCUGAGGACAAUGAGAUUGUCUGUUUUCUCAAAGUUCAGUUGGCCGAAGCCAUCAAUUUGCAAGAUAAGCACUUGAUGGCACAGAUUCAGGAAACAAUGCGCUGUGUUAGCAGAUUUGACAACAGGACCUGUCGCAAAUUGCUUGCUGCCAUCGCUGAGGACUAUAGAAAACGAGCUCCAUAUAUUGCUUAUCUGACACGAUGUCGCCAGGGGCUCCAGACUACACAAGCCCACCUUGAGAGACUCUUGCAAAGGGUGCUGAGAGAUAAAGAAGUUGCCAACAGAUAUUUCACAACAGUUUGUGUGAGGCUAUUGCUUGAAAGUAGGGAGAAGCAUAUUCUGGAAUUUAUUAAAGACUUCCAGAAUCUCACUGCAGCAGAUGACAAAACAGCCUUAGUGGAAGAAUUCUUGCAGUCGUUGUAUGGAGCAAUGGCACAGGAUGUUAUCUGGCAGAACGCCAGUGAGGAACAGCUCCAGGAUGCACAGAUGGCAAUUGAGCGCAGUGUCAUGAACCGCAUUUUCAAACUUGCCUUCUACCCCAAUCAGGAUGGUGAUAUUUUACGUGACCAGCUUUUCUAUGAGCACAUUCAACGUCUCUGUAAAGUCGUCACUGCAAAUCACAGGGCACUUCAAAUUCCAGAGGUGUAUUUGAAAGAGGCUCCAUGGCCGUCUGCACAAUCAGAGGUUCGAACAAUCAAUGCAUACAAGACCCCAAGAGAUAAGGUUCAGUGUAUCCUGCGAAUGUGCUCCACCAUAAUGAAUCUGUUAAGCUUGGCCAAUGAGGACUCAGUCCCUGGGGCAGACGACUUUGUUCCCGUUCUUGUCUUUGUCCUCAUCAAGGCUAACCCACCCUGCCUGCUGUCCACUGUUCAGUACAUCAAUAAUUUCUAUGCCAGCCGGCUCAGUGGAGAGGAAUCCUAUUGGUGGAUGCAGUUCACAGCAGCAGUUGAAUUCAUUAAAACCAUUGAUGAUCGCAAGUGAUGCAGAACACCACCUGCAUGACAGACUGUUAGGAAAAGUGAAAAGAUUUGCACCAACUGUUUGUGAGAAGGAGAGCUGAAGACUGAAUCUUCUCUUUGUAUAAUACAUGUACAUAGUGUGGAGACAUUUAAAUGAAAAAAAAAAGAACUAGAUUCAGUGGAUCUUUACCAAAAUUAACAAUCAGAUUUACUAACAGGUCUUUGUAUUACUGUCAGCAAUGCGAAAAGGGACCACACUUUUUCAGGUAUUUCAGAACUUGAAACUGUACUGUAAGCAAAUGACCCCUCUUUCCAUCUGUUAUUCUGGUCUGCAUGAGUUCUCAACUGGGGCCUUAAACAAGUAUUUCUUUGAUUUUUGAUUUCAUUUACCAUGCCCAACCCAACCCCUCAACAAUUUUAUAAAAAGAAUUAGCAAAUUAGCAACUGAUGGCUUAAUGUCUCUUUAAUGAGGAAGUAGGUCUUUUUGUCAAGUAUCCAGCCCAACCUUUCAGAGAAACUUGCGUUUGACCGAACAAUCAGAGAUUUCCUAAAAAUUGCACACAGCAGAAAUGCAAUGUGUUGGAAUUAGCGGUAAAGAACCAACAGGUCUAUCAUUUUAUCUGAAGAAGUCACCACUUUGUGUUGCUUCAAAGUGUUUUUGGGCCUUCCAAUAAAUUAUUUCCAAAGCCUGGACUUUUCUUUAAGCAAGCUGACAUACCUGACAUUGUAACCUUAUUGGCAUCUGUUUUAAGUGUUAACAUUUAACCAGCCUGUUAGUAAAGCAGCCUAGGACUCCACUGUUUUGUUGCUAGGGUUUUUAUAAACCGAAGUCAUAUAAUGAUGCUUUAUCGAGGUGAUUUUAUAAGGUUGUCUGUUUCACGGUUUCAAAGUCAAAGUGCUGGUUCUCAGUUCUUAAACUAGUUUCCUUAUUGUGUGGCAAAUAGUUGAUCCAGAGACUAAAAUAAACCAGUUUCUGCUCUCUGUAUAAGGGAUCCACUUGUAGUCAGGGGCUGCAGAGACCUCUCUCCCCACAAUCACAACUCAGCAAGGGACGUUGUCAAAGCAGCAACGAACGUUGAACUCUGGUCUGCAAUUGAAUUCCAACCUUGACUGCUAUUUGACUCCCUCAUUUUCAUGGAGGCUUUAUUCCCUCCCUGUGGGCGUAAGGGCCAUCUCACAGAAGCACACCUCUUCAUCUCCUGGAGCACACAAGGAAAUUUGCAACCAUGACUGCCGUGGCUGGGAGAGAUGAAAAUUUGAGUGGAAGACCAGCAAAAAUCACUUCAGUCCCUCACAGCAGCUGAGACUUCCAGUGGACAGCAGUGCCUUUGUUGACAGCCAGAGUUAACAUGUAACGGCCAACACAAACGGACAGCCAUACAUGACUGGUGCUGGCUGCACCUUUACAAAGCCGUUUCCAAUAAAUGGAGUAGCAAGGCAUUGGGACUUGGCUUGUCUAGAACAAUUUUCAGGUGAAACUGCCAAACUGCAGUGAGUCAGAUGUUGAUUGUUAGGAUAUACAGUAUAAAUGGCAAGGUAUAAGAAUUUAAAUUAUUGCAUUUUAGGUUACAUUAUGAACACUCACGUGGUAGAAUUAAAUAAUGGCAGCUCCAGUAAGUCAAGACUGAUUUGUUUUUUCUUUAUUAUAUAUAAAUAAAGGGAUCAUUACUCAGUGGGUGGAUGAAUAGUAAUAUUAAUGUAAAUUCACCUGAUUUUGCAUAUUUUUAGAAAAUAAAGUAAUUUAAGAGAAGAAGGUCUCCAUUGUGCUAAUCCAAAACCAGUCUAAUAUAAAUCUGCCGUCGUUACAAAAUUCACAGGCUACCAAAGACAUUGGAUGCUUAUGUGAGUUUGUCCCUUAGUGGCCAUAUUAGAAUAAAAUCCUUCCUAAUCUUGGUUCCCUGUCCUCACCUGAGACUUAUCCCCAGCACAUAUCUAAUGAUACGAUUUCAGUUUGGGUCAAGGGUUUGGAACAGUGAAUACCAUAGGGAGAGCUGUUGGAUACAUGUUCUGAGACUGUUUUAUAUCUCAAUAUCAAGGAGGAAAGUGGUAGAGUAAGUACUUGCCCUCCAUUCACCUUCUUGGACUGGGAAUGUUGGAUACCACCAUGUUUAAUUGUAAAUUAUCUGAAUUGUGGGAGAAAAAUCUAUACCUGUUCUAAUUGAAUGUAUAUUCAAUGUGGAUUUAGAUAUUUUAGUGCAAGUCUGGAGUAAAGGAUCUUAUUUCAAACAGCAUCCUAAAUAUUCAGUAUUUUAUAGUCUUGAAGCAAUGGGACACUUCAUACCAAUACAACCACGAUCCAUGUAACACCAUCUUAGCUAGUUCCUACAAUCUUUUUUUAAAGUUUUUGCAAUAAAAAGAAAUUUCUGGAAUGAAUUUUAAUGUGCACCUGCACACUAGUUAGUCAGUUGACGUGGGAAGAUUUGAUGCUGAAUAUAAUCAACGGUAUUAAAGCCAUAUAACUGGGUGAUUUUAAAAUGAAUAAAAUAGUCUAUUCACCUGAUUAUUACCAUGAGAGUUGUUCAUUUCCUCUACGUGUAAGUAAAAUUUCCAGCCCUGACAGACAGUUUAAGUUCAAGUUGAUUUGUAAUAACUUGCCAAAAACAAGUCCUAUCUUUAUUUUUAUUUUGAUGUAGUUAAGUUUGAGUGUGACUAAGUGUCUAGCUAUAAUGUACUAGUUAGCACUAAUUUAAGGCUAUAUGAUCAAAUUACAUUUCUGAAUAUUUCUAAUCUUGGGUUAUACAUCUGGGAAUCUGAAUUCCUUACACUAGUGCAACACUUGGCCUGAUGGUGUUAAAACUGGAAAAAGGGUAAUUUAUGUAUACUUCCAGCUGUGGGGUAUUAAUGCAGUUAGUAUUAUAUGCAGGCAUGAGGUGUCUGAAUCAAUAACCUAAGCAAAAUGGCUAGCAGAACCUAAUCUGACACAAAAGUGCUUUACAGAUCAGCUAGUUAGAGAAACCAGGAUAGAGGAUGAAAUUCAAAACCACCUCCUUUUGGCUUAGUCAGUGUUACAUUUCUCUGGUGUUGCAGACCCUUCUCUCAGCAGCAUUGGGGUAAUACACAUCAUGCUGGGCUCUUAAUGGGGAUAUAGGGAAGGUGCAGUUGAAGGCUAAAGACUAAUUGGCUGAAACAACAUUUGUCUUGCAGUUGCACUUUGAAGAAAUUUUUAGACAUUGUUUUUUGUUUUUCUCACCAUAAACAUCAAUUUAGGAAAGGAAUUUAAAUGUAAACAGUGGGACAGUUUAGGGAUUGGGAUUUAUUUAUUUUACAGUUAGACUUUAUGAAAACUGAAAUGUCUGCUAUUUAUUUUUAACGUGCUUUCUCUGCGGGUUCAUUCUAAGUUGCCUUUUGUGUUUUAAAUUUUGAAGUACGGUCUUAAACGUUUGAAGAAUUUGCUUGGACAACUUGUGUAUGAGUUGAUUGUAUCCAUGGAGAUUUUGAAAUGUAUGGAAACUAUCACUUGCAUACUGUAUAACAAAAAUAAUUUUAAAAAGAAAAAUUGCAACUGCUUUAAUCAGAUACGUAAAAGCUGUACUGACAGGCCUAUCGACCCAGAAUUGUGUAUGAGGACCAAACCUAUCACCAUAUCUGAUGUUUUAGAACAUCAGGAAUGGACAACUAAUGAUUUUCUGCAGUUAGCAGCUAGGAACUUAGAAGGGAGUGUUAUAUUGAGAAGUUAAUCUAAGCUAACGAAAUACUGUGUUUUGUUUGUUAACUGCAUCACCUGAAUUACUGCCUCUUUGAAACUGUUAGAGAUUUUACAAAGCCUAAGUUAAUGAGCUUGCACAAUCUUGCACACGGGAAAAAUGUAUACUGUCUUUAAGGAGAUUAAUGUAAUAUAUCAAUCCAUAAUGCUAAUUAAAGGGAGCCUUUUAUCCCAU